CGAAUCUCGAUGUGUUUCGUCCGAGAAUGGAAGCGCGGAUUGGCGGCCAGUGCAAGAGCACUUUGGUUGUCCGAGAACAGCACCAUAGGGCCGGUGCAAGCAGGAAUCUGGGGCAGGUCACGGCAGAACUGGGUCAACCAAAUCGCUUCUUUGCUGGCAGCAGUUAGGGCAAUGUACUCUGCCUCUGUCGAGGACAGAGCCACCAGCGGCUGGCGCUUACUGCUCCAGGACACAGCAGCCCCAUGGAGCAAGAACGCAUACCCGGAGGUAGAGCGCCUUGAGUCCUGGUCGCCCGCCCAGUCCGCAUCCGAGUACCCAUGAAGUUCCUGUGACACAGCAGCGCCAUAGUGAAGCUGCAAAUGCAAGGUCCGGGGUUCUCGAGGAACUGGGAGACCAUCCCAACAGCAUAGGCGAGAUCUGGUCGCGUGCCCAGCAUCAAAUAAACAAGACUUCCCACAGCUUGACGAUAUGGCACCGUGGCCAUGUACUCGCGUUCUUCCUCUGUGACAGGGACCAUGUCACGGCUGAGUUUGUGAUUGACCUCAAGAGGUGUGGCCACGGAAGAGCAGUCCAGCAUAUUGAAGCGUUCCAAGAUCUCCCUUGCAUAGUGAGCUUGUGUCAAACUCAAGGUGUGUGCUCCUCGAUUGCGUAUAAUUUGGAUGCCAAGGAAAUGGCGAAGCUCGCCCAGGUGGCGGGUUUUUGCACCGAGAAUGCAGUCGUCAACGUACACAGCAACCAGGAGAAAAUCGUCACCACACUUGUACAGGUACACGUUUCCUUCCACUGCAAGAGGAGCACACCCCAGGCUCUUGAAGAACGCAUCAAUGCGUUCAAACCAAACCCUCGGGGAUUGUUUAAGCCCAUACAGGGCGCGAUUCAGCUUGCAAACAAGAUGUUCCUCACCAGAAAAGCAGUGCGAACGUCCAACUAGUGCAGUUCCAGGUCGUACUUGGCAGCCAGUGCAAGGAUCACUCGCACAGAGGUCAACUUCACAACUCCAUGUAUUCCAAACCUGGAAUCUGGCUGAAUCCCCGUGCGACAAACCUGGCCUUGAACUUUGCUACAGUUCCAUCAGGUUUGUACUUGACUGUGUAAAUCCAUUUUGAGCUCACAAGGUGAGCACCUUCAGGUAAAGUUGUCUUUGUCAUUGUAUUGUUUCGCUCAUGCGAAUGCAUUUCAACAUUCAUGGCU